AUGAUAGUGGCAGACCGGCGAUCCCAGGUGCGGCUGGGAGAACAAACAGCCCCUAAAGUACUAAACCCAUCCGAGGAGCAAGCUCGCGAUUGGCUAACUCGACGACGCGGCUCCAGUCCAUCUCACUUUCAACGUCUUGUCAUCGUUCUCCCUCUUGUCCGGCUCCGUCUAAAGGUGAUCAACAUUGGCGAUGCGGGAAGCCGCCAGGACGAGAUGACGAGACAAGAAGGAGAGAGAGAGGAGAUGGAGGUAGCGGAAGACUGUUUGCCGACGGGACAGGGAUCUGUGUGGAUGGACAAGACCAGUCAUUUGAACUGUCAGAAAGCUCCCAUCGAACCAAAGGCCAAGCACGCCCUUGCGCAUGCGCCUGCAGCGCAGGGUGCAGUCGCAGGGGCGCCCUGCUGUUACCUACUGUUUGCCGAGGACGCAGGAAUGCGUGUGUUCCUCGGGUUCUGGCCCCAGCCAGCAGAUGAUACCUACCUACCCUUUUGCCUACAUGACCCUACUCCGCACCUUUUCACCUUCUUUUUUGAUGCAUUGUGCCUUGGGUUUAUCGGCUCGACACCGGGUUGGGACGGGAGUCUCGGUGUUGGGUCACGAACACGAAUGAGACUCUCCAGCUCCCCGUAA